AUGAGCCGCGCCCUCAGGGCUGCGUACAAAGCGCUGACGAAUCAGAGCGUCGGCACCACCUUUGGAGAGGAACUGGCCAGUGCAGUGGAAGAGGCCAGAGAUUUCAUGCAGAUUGUGAGGACCUGGGAGGGGACGGUGGAUGAAAGGAAACUGCUCAUGCUGAUGGAUCUGAAACGGGAUCUGGGUGCAAAGACCAAGGACCCCAGAGUCUGGAUCAACAUGUGCCUGUCGGACAAAGCCCUGCAGGACCUCCUGGUGAACACCGUGAGGAGUUGCCAGGAGUCACCUCCAGAAAACUCCACCUCUGUCAAGGCAAUCUUGGAGAGCCUCCUGCAUCCUCAUAUCUAUUCUGUCAGGGACUUCCCCGAGUCUUCCUUCGUUAUGCAAUGGAUCUUCCAGACUGACCACAGGCUUCCCAAAACUCCCAGGGUCUCUGAACUUGAAGAGCUCCUGCAGACACUGCAGCAAAUGAUGGAGCACAUCCAUGCUGUCACCUACGCAGCAGGAACCUCUGCUUCUGCCAUCCAGGAAGCAAAGAGAGAAGCCACCCUGACCACAGGCCUCGCAAUUUAUUCCUUACUCCGGUCUCUCCAGGACAGGGCUCAGAAGGACAUGGAACUCCUGCUGCUCUUAAUUGCGACCAGCACAGGGUACCAGGUGGAAAGUGGCACUUUUCAGCACCUCCUUGGCCACCCAGAAAUUCAGUACCUGGCAGAGGCAAUGGAGGUGGCACACAAGCAGUAUGUGAAUCUGAAGGAGCAAGAUGCUGACAGAGCUGAGGCCUCCCUUCUGCUGACGGGUCUGACCGUCACACCCCAAAGCAAAGAGCUGUCCCCGCAGCAGAAGACGGAGCGUUUAGUUUUCAUGGAAGCUCACAUGGAAGGCUUGUGGUCCACAGGGAUAAAGAAUCUCCUCCAGAAGCACAGGGAGUGCAAAGACUGGGAGAUGCUGGAGCGUGACUUGAAUUCCUUCAUCAGUGGGAGCUUGGAGGAAAUGGAGGAUGAUGAGAGGAUGCAGACCAUACUCAAAGACAUGGAAGACACUUUCCAAACAAGUGAGCCUUCCAGUCAGUCCCAAUCCAAGUCAGGUGCCAGUGAACCCAAAGCAAAUGAAGCCGCUGCAAACCAAGAGUUCCUCCAGUUGCUCAAGCGCCUUGGACUAGAAAGUCACUAUCCAAGAAAAAUGGGGACGGGACAUUUCCGCACCAUCUGCAAGACAUCUCUGCUCGACAGCCAGCCCAGCGAGGACCAGGAACUGCCACUUCACUUCUUGCAGAAGCUCUUAACCGUGGAUUAUCAGGUGAGGUACUUGACUUGCAGGGAUGGGACUAACCCAGGACUUGCCCCCGUGCCAGAAACCACCGAGCAGGAGCACGAACCCUCAGACUCCUUUGAAAACUUUCUAAAUGAUUUGGAGGAAGCAGCCCCUGAACCUACAAGCAGGGACAGCCACGUGCACCCCAUGGACCUCCAGAUGGCAAUUUUCCACUGUGCUGAUGACUUCUUGAGACAGUCCAUUGCAACCAAGCUCGCCUUCUGCCAACUGGCGCUGCCUCUGCUGGUGCCCACGCCGGGCACUGCCCAGGUCGAGUUCCCGCUCUGGGCCCUCAGCCACAUCAAAAGGAGCUGGAAAGAGGUGGAGAAGUCGGGACGGCAGCCCGGAAUGCGCAGUUACAACAACAAACUCAUUCACCAGGCAGAGACGCCCAUCGUGUCCUUCAUCCGCAUCGGCACCUCUGCCUCCUCUUCCAAGUCCCACCUCCUCAAUGCUCUGCUGAGCAAACAAAGACACAACACUUUUUUCCACCGCCAUUGCCGAGGCAGCACCAGAGAGUGUUUGCUGAUGGCAGGUGUUGUGGAGAUCGCCUGGUACUGUCCCCGGGGAAGCCCCGAUGACACCUUUGAGCGCUGUGUGGCUUUCUGUAACCUGCAUGGAGACGCCAGGGAUCACGGAGCGCAGCUGCAGUUCCUGCAGGACAUCUCUGCUGUGAACGUGGCUCUUGUAUCCGAGUCUGAGCACAAGGACAACAGAGGGAGAAAGCUGCUGCGUGACCUGUGGCAGUCACAAAGGCCCCUGGUUUGUCUUCUCACUGACAGAGAGAAGGUUGCAGCUGGACAAUCCAGCAAAACCAUAACAAUAGGGAUCAAGAACAGGAACGAAGCAGAAAUGUUGGACGAGCUCACCAAAAUAAUCAGGAAUCUCCUGGAAGGGUCCAACCCACGUUUCAGCCUGGACGCCUGCCUGGACAAAGCUCGCCAGCACGGAUUCUUGGUGGAUGAAGAUCGACCCGAGUGUGUGACAGCCAAAGCAAAGGCAAAGGAGCUGGUGACCCUUCUGAAGGAAGAGAAGCUGUCUGAGAUCAAAUCCCAGCUCCUGCCUCUUCAAGGAAAACUGUGGCACCAGUGGUGCAAAAAGGACAAAGAACUCACUCGCUUGCAGGAGAAGGGGAACAGGAGCAUCGAGCACCAUCGGAGCCAAAUUGAAUUAGACAAGGCAGCAAUAAGAAGAAAGCAACGAAAGCAAGCUUUCCCUCUCAAUCGGCUGAUGAAACCAUUCCUUGGCUUCCUCCAGUCACAGCCAGCAGAUACCAAGAAAUACUUCCUGCACUGGAUGAAGGUCUUCAUGGAUGACCUGUCCUCUGGUCGCCUCUCUGAUGAAAUCAAUGAUUCAUCCAUUGGCCUGGAGCACCUUAUGAGAGAGGUAGGGCAGAUCUAUGAAGCUCUGGACUUAAUGAACUCAAAGAAUGAAAAUGUUGUCAAACUGCCCCAAAUGGCAGCAGAUCUGAUGGUUUCGGGGUAUCCCGUGGAGCUGUUGGAUGGGGACGCUUCUUACCUGCCCUUGCGCUGGGUGGGAGCAAUCUUUGACAGCCUAAUUGAGCAGCUGGGGGACAAACGAGUGUUUGUUCUCUCCGUGCUCGGCCUCCAGAGCACAGGGAAGUCAACCCUGCUGAAUGCCAUGUUUGGGCUGCAGUUCAACGUCAGCGCGGGGAGAUGCACCCGCGGAGCGUUCAUGCAGCUCCUUCCACUGGACGAGCAGCUGCAGCAGGACGUGGGCUUUGAUUAUGUGCUGGUUGUUGACACAGAGGGGCUUCGUGCCAUAGAGAUGGCCAAUAAACAGUCCCUGAAUCACGACAACGAGCUGGCCACCUUUGUCAUCGGCAUCGGCAACGUGACCCUGAUCAACAUCUUCGGGGAAAAUCCCUCGGAAAUGCAGGACGUUCUUCAGAUCGCCGUGCAGGCUUUCCUGAGGAUGAAGAAAGUGAAUCUUUCCCCCAGCUGCCUCUUUGUCCACCAAAACGUGGGAGAAGUUACUGCCAAGGAGCAGAACAUGGAAGGACAAAGACGUUUGCAGGAGAAGCUGGAUGAAAUGACCCUGGCAGCUGCCCAGCAGGAAUCCUGUGACGUCUCCUCCUUCAGCGACGUCAUCCGCUUUGACGUGAACACCCACAUUCACUACUUUGCUCACCUGUGGGAAGGAAACCCCCCAAUGGCGCCACCCAACCCCACCUACAGCCACAACGUCCAGCAGCUCAAGAGCAAAGUUCUCCAGGCUGCCAAGGAGUCACAAGGCAGCGUUUUGAGGCUCUCCAACCUGAAAGUCCGUAUCAGGGACCUCUGGAAUGCUUUGCUGAAUGAGAACUUUGUUUUCAGCUUCAAGAAUACACUGGAGAUUGCUGUGUACAGGAAACUGGAAACUGCCUUUAGUCAGUGGACCUGGAGGCUGAGGAGUCACAUCUUAGAGGUACAAAUGAGACUCGACAACAGAAUUCGGAACGGGGACUUGCAGGAAGUCAGCAGAGCACACCUUGAAGGGCUCGUGCAAGAGACAAGUGAUGCCAUCGUGACAGACAUGGAAAAGUAUUUCAGGGAAGACAAAGACCGUGAGAUGCUGGUCCAGUGGAAAGGCAGCACAGAGCUGAAGCUGAAAGAACUAAAGGAGAAUCUUCUUCUUGAAACUCAAAAGAAAUGUAAGAAUCUCAUUGAACUGCAGAAGACCCAGAAUAAACUGGACGCAAAGAAGUCGGAAUAUGAAGACAAGCUCCUGAGAAGGAGCAGGGAGUUGGCUCUGACUCUGAAAGGUGACAACCUCAGUGAGGCACAGCUGAGAGACAGCUUUACUUCUCUCUGGGCCAAGUGGAUUGCUGAAGUCACUAGUACUGCUCCCUCAAUGGAAUGGGUGGAUAUCGAUGCAGAAAUAGAAAAUGUCCUUCUGGAGCAUUUUAAGGAGCCUGGUUUCCAAGAGCGGAUCAGGUCAUUUCCCAAACACGGACAAUUUCCCUUGGACUUGAAGAAACAUGUCACAAAGAAAAAGGUUUGGAAAAAAUUAUUCCAGUUAAAUUUUUUCAGUGCUGAUGUGAAUUUGCAGGACAUCACAGACAACAUCAUAAUGCGUGUGAUGCAAAACAUUGACAAGAAGGAACAGGAGAAACAGGAUUACAGUCGAACCUUUAUUCAUGAAAUACUCCGUGAAGUACAGGAAGGUGUGAACUCCAUCCCCAGCCAUGCAUCAUUUAGUGUUAACAAAGAUUACAUCAUAGACUUGUCUCUGUACCUGUGCAGAAAGGCAGCAGAAAGGUUUAAAGCCAUGCACAAAGCGUUCCAGAAGGCAAAUGACCCGGUCACAUACCUGAACAGCAAGAGAGAAGAUUACUUCAUGUGUUUCCAGAUGUCCUGCCAAGGAGCUACUUCUGUCACAGCUUUUGCUGUUUUCCUCUGUGACAAGCUUCGUCCAGCUCUUCGCCGGGCCGUCCGGGAGAGGACGGCCAAAGCCAUCGCUGGAGACAUGCAGGGGAAAGUCCCAGAUUUCCAGGGCAACAGAGCCAAUCUGGAUGUUUGUAUCCUGAGAUUCCUGGCACAAGAAGAAAAGUUUCAGUAUUUCAAGCAGUACCUUCGACACCCAGCAAAGUUUUUUCAGUGGUACAUUGAGAAACGCGUUGAGAGUUACUGUUUAGGUGAGAGCCGGAGGCUGGAGAGGUUUUUAGAUUUCUCCCUUGAUCUUCUCUAUGAAAACCUCCUGUCAGCUGUUACUUCAUCAACCCAAACAGUCAAAGACAGAAAAGACAGAGAGAACAAAAUCUCUCUCUGGCUGGCUGAAUUUUGCAGGGAACUGACAGAGGUGAUCAACUUGCCCAGAAGUGACCUGAAGAGCCUCGAGCACCAGGAGAUCACAGACAUCGAGUUCCUGAGCAAAGCCAUGGAAGAAGCACUGCCUGCCAUGAAGGAAGAGCUCAGGGGAGAAUUUCCUGAUGCUGAUCUGAGCUGGUUUGAAAGGAAGCCUCACAGCAUCCUGGCGGAGCAGUUUUCGGGGUGCUGGGAGCAGUGUCCCUUUUGUGGGGCUGUCUGCACAAACACCAUGCAGGGACACGAUGGGGACCAUCAGCUUCUCUUCCAUCGACCAAAUGCCUUGACUGGAUGGUGGUUCGAGGGAACAGAAGAGCUGUACCUUGAUAUUUGUUCUACCAGUGUUGCAAGUGAAAAUGAAUUCAUCCCGCGGAAUGACCAAAGUUAUCCCUACAAGAGAUACCGGGAUGCAGGACCUCCUUUCUCCAACUGGAAGAUUCUUCCCGAUUCAUCCACCCAAGCCUACUGGAAAUGGUUUGUGUCUCAUUUCAGGACAGAUCUAGAAACCUUGCACGGGAAGAAAUUCCAAGGUAAAGGAGAAAUCCCUGAGGCCUGGGAGAGAAUUACCAAGCAGGAAGCACUUGCUGAGCUGGACAAGCCUUAGGCCACGUCGAUGGGAAGGAAGAACCUCCACAGCUUUGCAGUUUAGAAGAGCAGAGUGCAAGGCUGUCCACCAAAUGCUGUUUCAACGCUUAUGCUCUCAAGCCACAUGAAGCCAAAGGUAUCCAGCUGCUCACAAACCGGGUGAAACGAGGCGCCUCACUCCGGCCGUUGCUCUCAAACUCCCUCGCUUCCUGAUCAGCCAGAAUCCUCUUCCCUUCCUGCCAUAAACAUUUCCCUCUGCUUUGUCCUUGAGCAAAA